AUGGCCCGUGGCCGGAGAAAGAAGAAGUCCGCCUCCAACGGCCAGCCCGCCUCCAAUACUCAGUCCUCCUCCAAUGGAGCCGCGGCCUCGAGCUCGACCCAGCCUGUCCCUGAAGACAUCGAGGUGAUCAUAUCAGCCAAGCCCCCCUCCCAAGAGGCAGAAGCAGAGGCGAGCAUGCCGCCCAAGCCCGUUCCCAAAGGUCUAGACGAGGCCUUCUUCGAGCGUAGCUGGAGCCGGGACGACGAGGCCAGCGGGGGCGACUGGGAUACCUACGACCAAAUCAUUGGCACAGACACGACGUACAUUGGCUUUGGCAGUUCGUUUCAGUUGGCAGACCGCCACAUCGACGACAUCCUGGCCUUGGGCAGCUCGGUCUGCGAGAACCUGUCGGAGUUUGAGUUUUGGUUCGAGGACGUGAGCUACGACGCCAGGAACGACGCGUGGGGCGUGACGACCGAGGGUCUUGUCCGCCUGGCGCGGGCCUGUCCCGGCCUGACGAGGGUCCAGCUCCAGCGCACGACGAGGAUCAAGGACGCCGCCCUGCUCGCCUUUGUCGAGCACUGUCCCGGCCUGGUCUCGCUGGAGAUCACAGACGGUCCGGGGCAGGAGCACUCCUUCACCGAGAGGGCGUUCGACGAGCUGCGCGAGCACCCGGACUGGGCCGACGAGCUGGACGCGCUGAUCAUCAGCCACGGGGGGCCUCGCAGGUCGAUGAAGGCCCUCCGCCGCCUGGGCCGAAGGAGGCCUGGGCUCACGAUCACCAUGGUUGGGCUGUGCGAAGAGAAGAAAUGGGGAGACUGGGAGCUGGAAAGGGUCGAGACCCAAUACAGGGCGGGGCGCGAGUACCGCCCCAACUGGGGCUUCAUUUACGAUGAGGACUCUUGGUAA